GUGAACCUCAACUGAAGAGGCACGCAAACAACCGCAAGUGACAACAGCCCGAAAAUCGACUUUUAUCCCGCAACUCGAUCCCCAGGAGCUUUGUGCAUCUUACAUGUGACUCUUAACAAAAUGAGGCUGAGAAUGCGUAAGGAUUCUCAGCAGCCGACCCUCGCCCGCAGGGCCUGUCCGGCCCGAACCAAGCGGAAGAGCUCAGAGGUGGAGGAGUGCACAGGUGAAAGCAAAGCCCUGUUGUCGAGCAUCAAGAAGUUCAUCCAUGGCAGUUCCAUCAAGGUGGAGCAGGACAACCCAGCCAAGACAAGUCAUUUGAGCUGUGAGCUGAUCACCUCUACCCCACAGAGGAAGAAUGACCUCCAGAGGAAGAGCAUCUACAGGGCCCGCAGAAGAACCUCCAUUAAUGGAGAAACCACAAACCAUGACACGAAUAAGCCUAACGGGAAGCUAGAGGUCACCGAGGAGGUUGUGAGCAGUCCACCCCGCACCACUCUGCUUGGCACCAUCUUCUCUCCUGUUUUCAACUUCUUCUCACCAGCAAAUAAAAAUGCCUCAAAUUCCCCAGACCAGGUGGUGGAGGCAGAAGAAAUUGUGAAGCAGCUAGAAAUGGAGCAAGUAGAAGAGAUGCCCACCUGUACUGCCACAUCUAGAGAGCCCUUAAGUGUCCCUCUGUAUACCAGUGCCAUGACCUCUGCCUUCAGACCUCCACCCACCGCUCAUACACCUGAACAGGAGAGUGAAAACACUCCACACCCUGACCUGCCUCCUCUUACAGCUCCUGGCUCUCCUGCAACAGGGGGCUAUGUGGAUGCUUCUAUCACUGUCCCAGCUGAAGGAUCAUAUGAGGAGGAGUGGGAAGUGUUUGACCCGUAUUUUUUCAUCAAACAUGUACCUCCACUAACAGAAGAGCAGCUAACUCGUAAACCUGCACUCCCUCUGAAGACACGAAGCACUCCUGAGUUCUCCCUGGUGCUUGACUUGGAUGAAACCCUUGUCCAUUGUAGCUUGAAUGAGCUGGAUGAUGCAGCACUAACCUUUCCUGUUCUCUUUCAAGAUGUCAUAUACCAGGUUUAUGUGCGAUUGAGGCCAUUUUUCAGAGAGUUCCUUGAAAGGAUGUCUCAGAUUUAUGAGAUAAUUCUCUUCACUGCCUCUAAGAAAGUUUAUGCAGACAAGUUGCUGAACAUUCUGGAUCCGAGGAAACAGCUGGUGCGGCACCGAUUAUUUCGUGAGCACUGUGUCUGUGUGCAAGGAAACUACAUUAAGGAUCUGAAUAUCCUCGGACGGGAUCUGUCCAAGACUAUAAUUAUUGAUAACUCACCACAAGCCUUUGCUUAUCAGCUCUCCAAUGGUAUCCCUAUUGAGAGCUGGUUUAUGGACAGGAACGACAGUGAACUUCUGAAGCUGGUCCCUUUUUUGGAGAAACUGGUGGAAUUGAAUGAGGAUGUGCGACCACAUGUCCGUGAACGGUUUCGGCUGCAUGACCUCCUUCCUCCUGACUGAGUGCGCACAGUGGGACAGGACAGUAACAAAGACAACAAAUGCAGACAUACAUUUUGCAUUGAGUCAUCAUUGCCAUUACUCUUGUAAUGAACUUUUUUUAUUUUUAUUUUAAUUUUCCCAAACUUUCAUCAAUAUGACAACAUAAAAAAAAUUUGGCUCCCUUUUUUCGGCACUUUUUACCACCAUCUGUGCAGACAGAGGAGUUUAAAAUGUCAUGUGUGGUCUCUUCAGUUGUUUCAUCAAGUACAAAGUGAAUGUGUAACAAUAAGAAGAGAACAGGAUCAUGUUGUCUUUUUGUGCUCCAAUGGGAUUGGUUGACACUGUUGGGCUUUUGACCAAUUUCAUCAGGAAUGGCCAGUAAGAAAAGCAAACUGAGAAGUUAGAUCCUUGUGAGUGACUGUUCUGUCUCAAUGUUUUCAGUAUGCAUUCCUCUCCAUCAGUAAGUUUCGGUUGUUUACUUUAAUGUUUUCUCAACUCCUAGCUUGCUUUGUUUGCCAAAACGUGUUCAUUUUGGUCUGGUUUGAAUAUUGUUCUUAAAUUCACAGCACAGUGGAAUCAUAAUUGUUUUUAAAUGUGGUGUAACAAAGAAUGGUUUAAA